AUGACAACAGCUGGGAUUGGAAUUCCAGUAUGUGUUCAAUGUGGGACGGCUAGCAAUCCUUGCCGGUGCAAGGUGGUCGGCCCGACUCUUGGGUUCCUGGCGUUUGCCGUGGCUGCUAUUGUGGAGUGGCCGGUGGGGGCUUUGGUCUAUUGCUUUCGCCACAUGAAGGGCCGCCGCAUCAUGGCUCAUCCAGCCACCGUUGUUUACCCAACCGUCUCCAAUGCAUUUCCAAUUUGA